AUGCUCCUGCCCCAUAAAGCGUGCUGGUUUUGGCGGUUGGAUUUGCUCCUCGCCAUUUCUUCUCACAAGACUUUCAGGAUCAAGCGAUUCCUGGCCAAGAAACAAAAGCAGAAUCGUCCCAUUCCCCAAUGGAUUCGAAUGAAAACUGGUAAUAAAAUCAGGUACAACUCUAAGAGAAGACAUUGGAGAAGAACCAAGCUGGGCCUAUAAGGAGCCUCACAUAUGAAGUGGCACACAUUAUCAGAACAUCACUAGUGUCUGGAACAGCUGCCUGUGUUUGAUGCUCUCUCCUCUUUUCUUGAUCUUUCCUCACUGUAUAGCUCAGCAA